AUGGCCGUUAGCUCGCGGCUACCCGCCCCUCCCGCGCGGGGCCUCCUCCGCCGCUCGCCGCCGCGUAUCCUCCCUUCGAGACGCCUCGCUUGUGGCACCCGCGCUGUCUCCGGGAGCCCUGGGCCAGGCGGAUCGCCCCUCCCCAGGCGGCCGCCGGCGCCGCUGGACGCCGCGGCAGUCGCGCCGCCCUCGCCGGCGUCCUCCGCGGCGUCCUCCGCCGCCUCGGCCAUCGAUUUCCUCACUCUCUGCCAUAGCCUCAAGACCACUAAAAGGAAAGGCUGGAUAAAUCACAGCAUCAAGGGUCCCGAGUCUAUUGCUGAUCACAUGUAUCGUAUGGCCCUGAUGGCUUUGAUUGCUGAUGACCUACCUGCUGUAAAUCGAGAAAGGUGUAUCAAAAUAGCUAUCGUUCACGACAUUGCUGAAGCUAUUGUUGGCGACAUCACUCCAUCUGACGGCAUACCUAAAGCAGAAAAAAGCAGGCGUGAACAAGAAGCUCUAAAUGAAAUGUGUGAAGUUCUUGGUGGUGGAUCAACAGCUGAGGAAAUUAAGGGGCUGUGGGAAGAAUACGAAAACAACUCCUCUGUUGAAGCCAAUCUCGUAAAGGAUUUUGAUAAAGUGGAAAUGAUUCUUCAAGCGUUAGAGUAUGAGAAGGAGCAUGGAAAAGUGCUAGAUGAGUUCUUCCUCUCUACUGCUGGCAAGUUCCAGACAGAGAUUGGCAAGAGCUGGGCUGCUGAAGUGAAUUCAAGGAGAACCAAUGGAUGUGGACAGAACUAG